AUGUUUACAAUAUCAGACGUAGCUCAAGUGGGGUCGCGGGGUAAAAUUAUUUUUUAUUAUUAUUUUAUUUUUUAUUAUUAUUUUUUUUCUUUCUUUUUCUUUUAUAUUUUUUUUUUAAUUUUUUUUUCUUUCUUCAUCUUUAAUCUUUUUUUUUUGUUUUUCUUUUUUUCUUUUAUUUUAUUUCAUUAUUCAAUAAAUUUUUUUUUAUUCAAUAUUUUUUUUUCAUCUUUUUCACCUUUUGUAUUUUUAUUCUUUUUCUUUCUUUCUUUCUUUCUUUCUCCUUUUUUAUCUUCUCUUUCUUCUCUUUCUUUCUUUUUCCCUUUUUUUUUUCUUCGUCUUUCAUCAUCUCUUUUUGUUUUCUUUCUUUUUUCUAUCUUUGUUUUCUUCUUUUGCUUCUUUCUCUAUUCUUUGUUUUCUUUCUUCUUUUUUUUCUCUUCUCUCCAUUUUCUUUCCUUUGAUACUUCUUUUUUUUUUUUUUUUGGUCUUUUUUGUCUCUUCUUUCUUUUUUUUUUUCUUUUAUUUUUGUCUUUAUUACGUUUUUCAUCUUUAUUCUUCUCUUUUUUUAUCUUUGCUUCUUCUUUCUUCCUUUCUCUCUCUUUUUUUUUUUCACGUUUCAUCAUCUUUUUUUAUCUUCUUUCUCAAUUUUCUUUCUUUUGUUUCGUCUUAUUUUUUUGCCUUUUUUUGCUUCUUUCUUUGUUUUGUUUAAUCUUUUUAUUUUAUUCUUCUUUCUUUCUUUCUUCAUCUUUCUUCUUUUCUUUCUUAUCUUUCUUUCUUCUUUCUUUCUUUUAUUUCGUCUUUCAACAUAUCUUUUUUGUCUUCCUUUUCUCUUUUUCCAUCUUUUUUCAACAUUCAUCUUCUAUAUUAGACGUUCCUUCCUAUCCCUUUUUGUGCCUUUCUUUCUUUUUUCACCUUUCAUCUCAUCUUUUCGUCUGUUCUCUUCUUUCUUUCUUUCUUUCUUUUUUUAUCUUUUAUUCUUCUCUAUUCAAUUUGUUGUCUUCUUUCGUUGUUCUUUUUUUCCUUCAUUCUUCUUUAAUCUUACCUUUCUUCUUUCUUUCUUUCUUUCUUUCUUUCUUUUUCUUUAGUCGUCUCUAUUUUCUUCAAAAUUCUCAAGUUUUUUUUUCUUCUGCUUUUUCCUUUUCGUCUUUUCUUUUCUUUUCUUCUAUUUCAUCGCCUUUCUUCUUCUCUAUAUUUAAUUCAUAUUCGCCAUUGUUUUCUUUGAGAGUCUUCUUCCUUUCACUUUAUUAUUCAUGUCUUUCUUUAGCAUUAUUAUUGUUUCUUUUUUUUUCAUUCUUUCUUUUUUUCGUUCAUUUAUUAUUCGUGUCUUUCUUUAUCAUUAUUAACGUUUCAUGUUUCUUUCUUUGUUUUUUCUUUCACUUUAAUUCAUGUCUUUCUUUUUUCUUUCCGUACAUUAGUAAUGUUUCUUAUUUUCUUUCUUUGUUUCUUUUUUCUUUCACUUUAUUAUUCAUGUCUUUCUUUCUUUCUUUAGCAUUAUUUAUGUGUAUUUUCUUCCUUUUUCUAACAUUAUUUAUUGCAUUCUUUCUCUCUUCAACAAAUUUUCUCAUUCUUUUUUUGUUCAACUUUUUCAUUCACGUUCUCUUGAUUCGUCGUCUUUUUCGUUUUCUUUUCUGUUCUUCUUCUUCUAACUUUUUUCUUCUUUUCUUCCCCUAG